AUGUUCUGGACGGCGGUCGCCUCCUCGACGCUUACGUCCGAGAGAUCGGCGGGAUUGGCCAGUGCGGCGCCCAACUACCAGCAGCAGCACACUAAGCCACUACUGCGACCCACUGGCAGCAGCUGGCAGCUUAGCAAUGCAGCAUUCAAGUCCCGCCAGCAGCAGCAACAGCUCAUGCAGCAGUACCAGAAGCAGAUUCGCCAGCAGGAGGAGGAGGCGCUGCAGCAGGAGCAGCUAUCCCUGGACCAAAUUGCCCGCGUAGAUGGGCAGACGAAAAAGGAGCCAAAGGACGUGAAGAAGAAAAAACAACAACCGGUUGCGAACUGCAAAAAGAAAAUCAGUCUGAAGGGUGAAUGUAAAAUAUUCAAGGCUUUCACCUCUUGCAAGUGCACACAGAAAUAGAGAAAUCAGUGCAAGUGAAAAUCAAAAUGACCAAAGAAAAUAUUUUUUGAUGCAUUUUCAAACA